GCUGUCUCGAGUAGCUUUUAUGAGGCCCCCUGCGUCGCCGCUGCUGCCGGCUCCGCUCCGCGAUGUGCGCCUGGAAGUGCCGCCUUCCCUGAGCGGGCCCAGCGCCGCUGCCAUGGGAGCGAGCGGGGGCGGCCCCCUGCUGCCCGAGCGGCUCCGCCUGCCCGUCUGCUUCCUGGGCGUCUUCGUCUGCUACUUCUACUACGGCAUCCUGCAGGAGAGCAUAACUAGAGGUAAAUAUGGAGAAGGUGCCAAGCAGGAAAAGUUCAAAUAUGCUUUGUCCUUGGUCUUCAUUCAAUGUGUGAUCAAUGCCAUCUUUGCCAGGUUAGUGAUCCAGUUUUUUGACGCCAUCAGGGUGGAUCGGACCCAGAACUGGCUGUAUGCAGCUUGCUCGCUCUCCUAUCUGGGUGCUAUGGUUUCCAGCAACUCAGCUCUGCAGUUCGUCAACUAUCCAACUCAGGUCCUUGGGAAGUCCUGUAAGCCCAUUCCAGUCAUGCUCUUAGGGGUGACGGUGCUGAGGAAGAAAUACCCACUAGCCAAAUAUCUGUGUGUCCUGCUGAUAGUCACAGGCGUGGCUCUGUUCAUGUACAAACCUAAAAAGGGAGGUGACGGUGAGGACGACCACAUCUUUGGCUAUGGAGAACUCCUCCUGCUGCUGUCACUGACAUUGGAUGGACUGACGGGAGUGUCUCAGGACCAUAUGAGAGCUCAUUACCAAACUGGUUCCAAUCACAUGAUGCUAAAUGUUAAUCUAUGGUCCACCUUGUUCCUGGGGGCUGGUAUCUUGUUCACUGGAGAGCUCUGGGAAUUCCUGAGUUUUGCUGAACGCUACCCCAGCAUCCUCUACAACAUCCUGCUAUUUGGCCUGACAAGUGCACUGGGUCAGAGUUUCAUCUUCAUGACUGUGGUAUACUUUGGACCCUUAACUUGUUCAAUCAUCACCACAACCCGCAAAUUCUUCACCAUUUUAGCAUCGGUCAUUCUAUUUGCCAACCCGAUCAGCAUGAUGCAGUGGGUGGGAACUAUCCUGGUAUUCAUGGGUCUUGGACUUGAUGCCAAAUUUGGGAAGGGAUCAAAGAAGACAACACAUUAGGAAGACUUUUGAACUCUGCAAAAUUGGAAUGAACUCUUUAACUUAUUGUCCUGUACCUCAGCAUCUGUUAUGAAACUGGACUCAGGAUGGGUGCCUGGGGAAGGGAAUGGGUAUUGGUUUUUAAUUAUGAAGUGUUUUAAAAUGUGUUAAUUUUAAUCAAGAGUUUAGCCUUUUUUUUUUCCCCCCUGUAAUCAAAAUUGCAUUGAUGGAUCCCAGUAGCGGGGAGAAAUUCAAGUCUUAAUGGGAGAAACACUUCAUACCUUUAUUAAAGAAAAGGAGAGAAGAGUCAGUUUUCUGACCUUUAUUUCAAA